UAACUCUCACUAGCGAUGUCGGUGGAUGCAGGAGAGCUCGAGGAACUCCUGAAGAUAUACUAUUCCAGACUCUUCCCCUACAAACCCUACAUAGAUUGGUUAUCUUACAAUAAUCUCGACUAUUUGUCAAAAAGGGAGUUUUGUUUUACCCUCAACGGUGACAUUUACCUGAGGUACAAAUCCUUCUCAAAUCAAGACGAGUUCAAAAAGGAACUGAAGACAGUUAACCCCUUCAAGAUCGAUGUCGGAGCAGUGUACAACAUCAAGCCCAAGGACCACAAGUCCUUUAAAAGUGGUAGCUUCACUGCUGUCGAGAGGGAGGUGGUGUUCGAUAUUGAUAUGACUGAUUACGAUGAAGUCAGGUACUGCUGCUCGGAAGCCAAGAUCUGCUCGGACUGCUGGGUGUUCAUGAAGAUAGCGGUUCGUAUAAUUGACGAGGCCCUGAGACACGACUUUGGUUUCAGUAACUUGUUGUGGGUGUACUCGGGGAGGCGAGGAGUUCAUUGCUGGGUGGCUGACGAAAACGCCAGAAAACUUACCAAUAGCGGUAGGGGAGCUAUAGCAGAUUAUUUAUCUCUUGUUAUCGGAGGAGACCAGCAAUCUAAAAAGGUGACGCUCCCGGGUGUACCUCAUCCCUCCAUCAAACGAUCAGUUAACACUAUAGCCCGCUACUUCGAGGAACUGAUGAUUGAUUCACAGGAUUUCCUCGGCACCGAAGAAAAAUGUCAAAAGGUUUUGGGGAUGCUGCCUCCGAAAACGAUACAGGACGACUUAAAAGAUUGGGUUUCAUCCAAUCACGACAGUAAAACCAAGUGGAAUAAACUGAAAGGCACAUGGUCCACAUAUGCGGGGAAGAGAAAACUGUUUAACAAAGAUAACGCUAUCUACGAAGUUGUUCUUCAGUUGUGCUAUCCCCGGCUAGAUGUUAACGUCACGAAAGGAUUAAACCAUCUUUUGAAGUCGCCGUUUUCCGUUCACCCUAAAACUGGAAGGGUAUGCGUUCCUUUCCUGGCUAAGGACGUUGAUACUUUCGACCCCUUUAUUGUACCGACUCUAAAAGAAGUGAUAACUGAGGUAGAUAACUGGUCUGGUGAUCCCAAGGUUCUGGACUAUGCCAAAACAUCACUUAAAUCCUCUAUUGACAUGUUCAAAUCGUUCGCUAAGAAGUGUCGAAUGGAGGACUCUGAAGAAAACAAGGAGAAUAAGAUGGAUUGGUGAUGACAUUUGUUGACUACAAGGACAUGAUUUGUGUUCGUACGUUUGUGUAAAGAAGGCGCCAGUAUGCAGGAAGGCGACACGACAUGUUUAAACCGCUGAUUCUGGUGGAAUUACAAACUAGAGAAAUUAUAAUGCUGUUACAAUCAACAUUUUCGUCAGCUCAUUUCUAAAAGCCGUUCACUAUAAUGUGCCAUCUUAAUAAAGAACUGAAGCACAGAUGAAAGUGGAAGGUUCUGACUCUUUUAAUUUAACUUAUUUUGUAUUUGUGGACCUGAUGAUCUUCACUUUUUAUGUUUUUUAAACUUUGCAUCUUAUUUAUUAAUUUGAAUAAGUGAUUCCCUAGAAGGUGCUGUUGAAGGUCAAUUGGCCUAAUGCAUUUAAUUUUUAUCUCUAUCCAGACAUUUUAUCAGUAAGUACUUCCAGUAUAAUUUUUAUUUUGACGUUGGAAUUAUUAUCUAAUAUUUAUAAUUGAAUUUUUUAAAUCUAUGA